UUAUUUUUGUCACUCAUAAGAUGUUUACUGUGAGAUUGGUGAUCUCUGGAAAAAUUAAGCACAAGCUGUCACAAGCUAGCAAAGCUACAACGCAGUUCUUCGGGCGCGUCUAAUCUCAACAAUACGGUAAAUGGGUACACGCAGCGGCGGGCGGUGGAUGUAGCCGAGCCCGCGCUCCCUGGAAGGCCCUCGUUCGCAUGCUCCGUUUAUUCGCCGUCGUUCCACGCUUGACCCGAAGCCUCAUGCCGGGCCCGAAGCGCCCCCGCCCGCCCCGCAUCGGCACCCACGGAGGGACCUUCCACUGCGACGAGGCGCUGGCGUGCUUCCUCCUGCGGCUGCUUCCUUCUUAUCAGGAUGCAGAGAUUGUCCGGACACGGGAUCCCCAGCUGUUGUCAGAAUGUGAUGUGGUGGUGGAUGUUGGUGGAGAGUAUGAUCCUCAGAGGAACCGCUAUGAUCACCACCAGAGGUCGUUUGGAGAGUCAAUGCACAGCCUGAAUCCAGAUAAACCAUGGCAGACCAAGCUGAGCAGUGCAGGGCUAGUGUACUACCAUUUUGGCCCUCAGAUUCUGGCCACCCAGCUGGGCCUAAAAGAAGAGGAUCCUGUGGUCCAUGUACUCUAUGACAAGCUGUAUGAGAAUUUUGUGGAGGAGAUUGACGCGAUCGACAACGGGAUUCCCCAGUGGGAUGAGGUCCCCCGCUAUGCCAUGACCACCAAUGUCAGUGCUAGAGUCGGGUACCUGAACCCCCGCUGGAAUGAGAAGGAUCAAGACACUGAGGCAGGUUUCCAGAAGGCCAUGGAGCUGGUGGGCAAUGAAUUCUUGGAUCGGCUGGAUUAUUUUUACCGUGCUUGGCUGCCUGCGCGGACCCUUGUGAAGGAGGCCAUUCAGCAGCGCUUUGAGGUUGACCCUCGUGGUGAGAUUCUGGUACUGGCCCAGGGUGGUUGCCCAUGGAAGGAGCAUCUUUUCAAACUGGAGGAAGAGAUGAAUGUGAAGACAUCUCUCAAAUUUAUCCUGUACACAGAUCUGGGGGGGCAGUGGCGGGUACAGUGUGUCCCAGCUAGCCUGCAUACCUUCCAGAACCGAUUGUCGCUUCUGGAGGAGUGGAGAGGUUUACGGGAUGAGGAGCUCUCUGAGGUUAGCGGGAUCCCAGGCUGCAUCUUCGUGCACUCCAACGGCUUCAUUGGGGGGAACCUCACAAAGGAGGGGGCCCUGGAAAUGGCACGGAAGACCUUGGCUCGACAAGAUGACCUCCCCUGAGGAGCAAAGUGCCACCUGGCUGGACUUGUGGGGCUGCUUUGUUGUGUGCUUAUAAACCAUAUCUGUGUUGGUUGUUGUUUUUUAAA